AUGGGAAUAAAUAUCUGCUCAGAUAAAAGGAAAAGAGCUGCCAGGGUGUACAUACACUGCAGGCGUACUUCCUCUUUUAUUAAGAAUGAAUAUAGUACAUUUGGUCUUCCUGCUACAAUAGAAAGUGACCCAUCUGCAGAGGGGAAAAUUUGGAUUAACUGUUUGUGGAAACGGAUGAGAUACUCGUUCUUUACUGCAUCUCGGCAAAUAUUACCAUAUACUCUGUCUUUGAUAGGAUCUCUUGUGUAUUUGUAA